ACCUGGACUGACCUGUCCAUUUAACACAAAGCAACGUGAUGAGCAUGGACCACUUGGAAGACGACGAUGCCUUAUUCCUUGCGGAUGCACUUUUGGAAGAGUGUCAGGAUAAUCCAAUUGAAGCUACAGGAGUUGCAGCAACGUCAACAACUGGGACCGAACAGUUUGUUUGGUUUGAUGAGGACCAGGAAGGGCAACCUCUCUCAAAAAGGAGAGAAACGGAAGCAGGGUUCGACCACUGAUACCUCUGGAAGCAUAGACUCAUCAUGUGCUCCAUCUACUAGUGGACAAGUGAGARAGACUGGGACAAUCCAAAACUUAGACUCCCUCAUCCAGGAAGUGCAAAACCUUUUGGGAUGUCCUACUGCAGAACCUCUGUCUUCACAUUGGAAGGAUAGGCAAGYGUCCACCUUGGAAAAGUGGACUUUGUUAAGGCCUUUAUGGUUAAUCAGGUGUUAUUAUCUGAGAAGCCUAAAGAGGGACUUUGCCAGCAAUGCAGACAAAAGGUUGCAGUAUUAAGGUGUCAAGAUUGUUUGCCAAGACCACUUKACUGUACAACMUGUGAUUUURUCAUGCACAGGUCUAUGGUGCUCCAUAAUAGAGCAWCCAUGGUAGAGGGGUUCUUCAGGCCACUGCCACCAUCCACAUACAUCAAGGAAGAUGAGGGAGGACAAUUCUCCUACCAUGAAAGAGAAUGUUUGUUACCAAUUAUGCUUCCCUGCUGUGAUUGUUCGACUGGGAAAACAAGUUUUUCCACAGGAAAGCAAAUCAUUUUGAUUGGAAUGAAUGGGCGAUACAAUCUGUCUCUCCCACAUGGUAGCUGCUCCGGUGGAAAGUCUUGUUCGGUGGACAUUGCUGCUCUGGUUGAAAGUGGGUACUGGCCAGCCACAGUCAAUUUUGAAACCUUGUAUGCAGUGGAUUUGUUCACUACAUUUGAGGAUCUCAAGGUCACUGCUCCGGGAAUGUCACGGCAAGCUUUUGUUAGCAUGCUUGCACAUCGCACUAAAGUCUUUGGGCGGAGUGGAAAGAUAUGUGGGGAUACCAUGCAGAAGGCAUUUCUGGAGUGGACAUAUGCCAAAUUUGAGGUUGAGAGACUGUCUCAUGUCCAGCAUUUUCAGUGCCCUGCAUGCACAUCCACCAUGUUGGCUGUCGCAGUGGAUGGGAACCGUAAACUGUACCGCUUUAAGAGCCAACCAGGACCUGAUGGAUUUUUUGAUGGUGUAUUUCUGGCCAAGGACUCUGAGGUGUCUACCUUUGUUGACUACAUCCACGGGAUGACAAAACACAAUCCUGCAAAAGGGCGAUGUGGUACUGGUCAGUGGUCAGCAGCACGAGAAUCCGCAAACAAGUCUGCAAGCAAAGUAAAUGAAGAAGGCGUUGAGGUUGCCGUCUGUCGUCAUGGGUUUUUGCUUAAGGGACUGAAUAUGUUCCGUGGAGAAAUAUUUGCAUAUCACGUGUAUCUACAAAAACAGCUUGCUUCACAGACUGUGCAAUUUUUUUGCUCCGAUGUGGUGUGCAAAUACUGGCCAUAUCUGCAAAGGGUUGUCCAGAGCUGCAAAACUUGUUGACCAUGGGUCCAUUUCUCUCCAUCAUGCACGCAAAAGCACAUUCAUGGAUGUGUGAGUUGCAAUGGGGGGGACGUAAUCAAGAAGGAGCAGGGAUGACCAUUGGGGAGGAGGUUGAACCGGUCAACAGC